AUGCCUCUCGAUGAAGAAGGGGCCAAGUGGUCAUGUGAGCCAUGUAUCCGUGGCCAUCGGUCCUCAAAAUGUCAGCACUUCGACAGGAUGAUGAUGAAGGUCCCAAAGGCCGGACGACCGCUUGCUAGAUGCCCUCAUCCGAAGGGAACUUGCAGCUGCCAGAAGCUAUAUGCGUUCAUGAUUCGCAUUCCUAAAGGCUCGACUUGCUUGUGUAGACCAGUGUACCAAGUGCCUGCCGAUGCGGCGGAAUCUGCUUCAACCACUCCCAUUUCUGCUCCUCCGAUGCCGAUUGCUGCUCCCAACAAAAUCCAGAAACCCAUCAAACGACAGAUCAAGACGGCCCCGGAGAACCUUACCAAAGCCUUGAACUCCAUACCAGAAUUCGGAAGCCAGCAAUUGGAACAUGGAAAUUUGGGCCGACCGUCUCCUUAUUCGGCUCAGGAACAGCAUUUGUGCAGUUCAUAUGAUAUCAUCAAGCAAGAACCAAGCCCCUCGCACAAGACCUUCGAGUGCGCCAGCGAAGAGAAGGCGCCGCAGGGCGGCAGCUGUUGCUCUCGCAAGUCUCAGCCCUCACCGAUUAUAAUCCCGGAUGUUCCAGCUCCUGCAGUCCAACGUUCCUGUUGUAGGAAGUCCGAUUCGGCGGCACAAGAUGUCGAGAAGGAGGACAGCACUCCCAGCGGUUAUGAUCACUUCCAACCUCCAGCCUUCGACAGUGAUAAUGCAAGAUACACACCGAACUCUAUUCCCCAGGUUUCGACGUGGCAAGAUUUCCAAGCAGCGAAGCAGAGCCAGUACAUGCCGCCUUUCGCAUUGCCCAUAUCCGAGUCCGGUUAUCUCCCAAUGGCCGGACCUGCCGCGGGUUUUCAUUCUAGACCACCAGACUUUCAGCAUCCGCAUGCGUUCAACAACUAUGAGAUCUUCAACAAUCAGGUUUCUCAGCCGACGUCGGAGGACACGCAGAAUGCUAUUGCAGAUCCAGCAAAUCCUGCUGGCGAAGCCUCCCAUGAUUGUAGCUGUGGCGAUGGUUGUCAAUGUCUGGGUUGCGCAUCUCACCCCUUCAACAACACUACUAGACAGCAUGUCCAACAGAUGGGCCUCCUGGUGGCCUUCAAUGAUGAUGAACAGAGCCCCAACAGGCUGAACAGCCAUAGAGGCUCCCCUUCGCAGAGCCAACCCCCGGACUUCUCAUCAUUACAGUAUUCCUUCGCCAACUUCGGUAAUCCUCUGGGCGACAACUUUCACCCCGUCGCAAUGCACCCAUAUGCCCAACAGAGUGCGGACUCAGGUCACGUAAAUAAUGGCUAUUCAUCUCCGCCUGCGGAUUAUCUAGGACAGCAACUGAUGGUACCGUCAGAGUACUAUACUCUCGAGUACCCAGUGGGGCUACCUAGCGCUUGCUCCGAUACAACUGGAAGCUGCCAGUGCGGAAGUGACUGUACCUGUGUUGGCUGUCUUACCCACAGUGGACACAACGGACUGCCUCUUGAGCCCGCCAUGCCCGAGGGCAACUGGGACCACAUGAACCUACCAGGUUUCUCCAUGGAUGCUACAGGUCACAGCACGUCACAGAUGCCCGUGAUGGAUAACUUUGUCGCUCAUUCGAACUCUAUGCUGUAG